CAGCUGAAGCCCUAUCAUCCCCACAAGGAGGAGAUGAUCAAGAUCAACAAGGGCAAGUGUUUCCAGCAGGCCGUGGAUGCUGUGGAGGAGUUCCUACGGAAAGCCAAGGGCAAAGACCAGGCGGCGUCUCACAGCUCCACCGAGGAGAAGAACCGUCACGGAUCGAGGGAGGACAGGAGCAGGCCAGCCACGGGCGACGAGAAGUGCCGGGCCGGCACAGCUGAGGGCAAGGUGAAGAAGAGCCCGGUUGAGGGGAAGCGGAGUGUCUCGUCGGGCUCCUCGGAGCGGGGGUCCCGGUCCCCCCUGAAGCGGUCCCAGGAGCAGAGCCCCCGGAAGCGAGGCCGGCCUCCGAAGGACGAGAAGGAUCUCACAAUCCCUGAGUCCAGCACGGUGAAGGGGCUAGUGGCUGGGUUUAAAUGGCCACCCAGCGUUGUCAGUGAGCCCGGGAAAGGCAGCGACCCCCACUUCCAUCACUUCCUGCUCAGCCAGACCGAGAAGCCAGUGGUCUGCUACCAGGCAAUCACCAAGAAACUCAAAGUAUGUGAAGAGGAGACGGGCUCCACUUCCAUCCAGGCAGCGGACAGCACCGCCGUCAACGGCAGCAUCACCCCCACCGACAAAAAGAUAGGAUUUUGGGGCCUGGGCCUCAUGGGGAGUGGCAUCGUCUCCAACUUGCUAAAGAUGGGCCACACGGUGACCGUCUGGAGUAGGACUGCCGAGAAAUGUGAUUUGUUCAUUCAGGAGGGGGCCCGUCUGGGCCGAACGCCCGCCGAGGUGGUCUCCACCUGUGACAUCACCUUCACCUGCGUGUCGGACCCAAAGGCGGCCAAGGACGCCCUGGCAAGGCUGGGCUGUCUGUCUCCUGGAGAUUCCCAGCUGGGGCCGAGAGCCGACUGUCCAAAAUAUGGGAGCGGCAUCCGGAUUGGGCAGGUUCUGGGAUCAGGGCUCUCGAUGGCCCCUCCAGGAGUCAGCAUUUCGCAGAUUGCUUUCCUGGAACGAGUGGUUUCCCGGAACGAGUACAUGCUGGGUGGCAGGGGACCGGGUCUCGAUCUUGACUCCGCUGACCGGGACCCAAGAAAGUCGUCCAUCAUUUCCAGCUCCGUUUCUCCAGCCGAAAAAGACUGUGAGAUUAUGGAUGAUUUAGAAAAACAAUCUGCAGCAACAAACAGCCUCCACCACUGGAAAAGCCCUGACAACCUGUGGAAUAAUGUUUUUUUCCCACUACAAAACAAAACCGUAGUAAAUCUUUGUGUCACCUGCGAGUCAACUGUGCCAGAUCCCUAUAAGAUAAAUGAGAAACUGCUUUUAGAGCAGGGGAAAAGGAAGUAG